CCUUUUAACGGCUAAAAGGUCACACCCUUCUUCUAGUUUUGCCUUUCUGACUAUCCCAAAGUCUACUGCAGCGGCUGCCUGCACUUUUCCAGCAACCAUCAACCAUUGAAAUGACACACUUCAUUACAUAAACAUUUAAAGGAGUCACCUUUGCCUUUUAGAGGACAUAUAAUUUCACUUUCUUGAGAGGUUCCAUUUCAAUGGCUUCCUUAAAUCAGCUUCAAUCUUUAUCAUCUCAAAAUCCCACCACCUUUCUUACCCAUUUACAAAAACCCAAAUUUUUUCACACCCAAAAUUCCAUUCAUUACAAGAAAAUUACAUGUUUAAGCUCUUCACCCUUCACAGAAAAACAUUCUGUUGAACGAUAUCAAAGGGAACACUGGAUUUAUCCUGUUUCUGUUCCCAUCAAUUCUCAAUUACCAUCCUCUAAUGAUGAAUCUUCAUCUUUGUCGUCGUCGUCGUCGCCGUCGUCGUUAUCUAAUAGUAGUAGAAGAGAGAAUGACAUUGCAUUGCAGCUUCCAGAAUUGAAGAAGCUGCUUGAGGUUUUAAAAGAGAAGAGAGAGAAACAAUCAGAGGGUUUAACUGAAAAUUCUGUUGGAAAUGUGUUUUUAGUGGGGACUGGUCCAGGUGAUCCUGAUCUUCUGACACUGAAAGCUCUGAAAGUCAUACAAUCUGCUGAUCUUUUGUUGUAUGAUCGUCUAGUUUCUAAUCAUGUAUUAGAUUUGGUGGGGCCCAAUGCUAGGCUUCUUUAUGUUGGGAAAACUGCUGGGUAUCAUAGUAGAACUCAGGAAGAGAUACAUCAGCUGCUCUUGAGUUUUGCUGAAGCUGGUGCUAAUGUUGUCAGACUUAAAGGAGGAGAUCCUCUUAUUUUCGGACGGGGCGGAGAAGAGAUGGAUUUUUUGCAGCAGAAAGGAAUUCAAGUCAAAGUUGUUCCUGGUAUAACUGCUGCUUCAGGCAUAGGAGCGGAACUGGGAAUCCCUUUAACUCAUCGAGGCAUCGCCACCAGUGUUAGAUAUCUCACAGGGCACUCGAGGAAUGGGGGAACUGAUCCAUUGUUUGUUGCAGAAAAUGCUGCUGACCCAGAUUGUACUCUAGUCGUGUACAUGGGUUUGGCAACCCUUCCUUCUCUUGCCCAGAAAUUGAUGCAACAUGGCUUGCCUACUGAGACUCCUGCUGUUGCAGUGGAAAGAGGAACAACUGCUCAACAGCGAAUGGUAUUUGCAAAGUUGGAGGAUCUUGCUGAUAAAAUCAGAUGUACUGGAUUAGAAUCCCCUACACUUAUCAUCAUCGGGAAAGUUGUUGCACUUUCACCAUUGUGGAUGCAAUCCUGUGGAAAAUCAGCUGAGUUUGUGGAGGCAAAGUAGAAAUUAACUCUUGGCUCUGAAUGAUAUUGAAGGCAAAGCACAAUUGGUGUCUGAAUAACCAGUGAGACCAUUACAGAAUUACAGAAACAACCACAAUUAGGGAUCGUUCGUGACUGACAACUGAAGCUAGUAGCUCCCCGUGGUAGCUCAAUAACUACGUGUGCCAACCAGAAAAGCCUUUGACCAUCGAGGCAGCCGAGUUAUGACACUGGCAUAGUAGCUCGACUUGGAUGCUUGAAUGCUUUUGCUUGGGCUGCUUCACUAGCUUAAAAGUUUUCCAAUCUCUGUUUUAGAAAUGACAUCACAGUUAGAACGUUCAGUGGAUUUACUCUCAAAUGAGACGUGCAACAUAUUGCAAUCGAUUCUCUCUUUAAAGACAUGUUCAUUAAAACAUGAAGAAAACAUGUAUCUGUAUUAAAAGAGAAAAAAAGAAGCACGUUUCAUUCAAUAA